CGAUAGCGGACUAUCAGUACGCGAGGAGUCGUUGCAACAGCUGAUUUAUAAAGUGGAAAAUAUUAUUUUUUUAAUUGCUCAAAAGUGAAAGAAAACAAAAUGGGUGCCAAAUUUCCUUUCUCAAUGGAGAAUAUCCCGAGACAGAAGCGUUUCGGUUGCUUCUCGCUGAAAAUUGGAUCAGUUUUUUCGGCGCUUGUUAUUAUAAUUUAUUCUGUGAUGGCUAUAGCUCAAUGCCUGGCGAUACUAAACGUGCUGCCAUCAAACCUGUCGCAAGAUGAGUCAGAAAUCAUUGCGUCGUACGGUGUCAUUAUUCUCAUCACUGUCAUCCAUGUCACCACUUUUGUCAUCACUUCGCUUAUGCUUGUUGGAGUGUUACGGGAGAAAGCAAACUUAAUCCGUCCAUGGCUGGUAUGGACGACUGUGCAAGUGAUGACGUCAGUUCUCAUGUUCAUCUUCUGGAGUACGCUCAACGUGAUCAUACAUUCCGGAGACAACUCCUUGAUACUUUACGUAUUAGAGUUCUUGGGACUUACACUUCGUUUCUACAUGUUGAUGUUAGUGGCCAGUUACUACAAGCAGUUAGAAGAUGAGAAAGAUGAAACGGAACGACUAAGAAAUAUUAUAAACCAUGAUAUGUGGUAUAGUGCAGCGUGAAACGGAAAUAUGGCCGCCGUACACGGAUAGCUUCAAGUAGAUGACGUGACGUACUUCCAAUAAGUUUUAGCGGCGAGUAAAAACUCUGUCCGUAUUGGUAACGUCAAUUGAAUGUUGAAACUGUACGUGUAUGGUGGCUUUUAUAUUUUUAUUAUUGUGAUACUAUAUUGUAAAUGAAAAUCCAAUUUUGUAUGGGUUUGGGAUUAUAAGAACCAAUUUUUC